AUGGUAGAGUUUACAGCAGCCCAGCUUGAGAAGCUAACAGAAUUGAUGAGACCUCCAGAACCAGAAAUACUACAAGGAGAUGAUCUUUCUUCAACAGGUUAUGAAAUCACUUCAACCAGAAAUAGUAUUUCCACCAUGAAAGAAGUUACGAGAACCCCAAAAACAAUUGAAGAAUAUGAGGCUCUUGAGGCUGAAGAAGCUGAUCAAUUAUCUAAAGUUGGAGCUGGUAUUCCAGAUAAGAAAACUCCAUCGUAUACUAUGAAUUAUCAGCAGUCUGUUAGUGCGGAAGAUGUUUUUCUCCAGAUUGGUCCCAAAACACCAUCGACGGCUAGCUGUGAAAACCUCAUUGUGAGGGUCAAAAUGCCCGGUGAUAAAAAAGAAAAUGUAGAUCUUAGUGUUGAUGCAACAAGCGUUACUAUCACUUCAUCUCAAUUUCAUCUGAAGCUGCCCUUACCUCAUGCGAUCAACCCUGACACAUCAAAAGCCAACUGGGAUACAUCAGAAGAAACCUUGGUUCUUACUUUGAAACUGGAUAGGGAAUUUGAUUUUGUGAACUUCUAA